AUGCGUUUCGUUCCAGUCCUUGCGACUGCCCUGCUCGCCGCGUCUAACAUCGCGGGAGCUUCGCCGGCAGUCUCAAGUGUUGUGCCUGCAGCAGCAGCUGAUACUACUGUUCCCGCCACAGACACAACAUCCAGCGCGGCUCCUCCGGCUAAUAAUGUCUAUGCAGCCAAUGAGCCCGCCGCUACUACUGCGGCUGCCACUACCCAUGCGGCCAAUAACCUAGUUGCCGAGAACAACAACCAGAAUUCUGCUUCUACCGAUACUGUUCCCAACAUUGUGAACACCAUUCUUGGCAACUCGGCCUCCAACACUGUCUCUGCCGCGGGCUCGUCCACCUCUCCCGCCGAGACUGCUGGUUCUCCUGCUUCUAGCAGCUCCGGUUCUAGCUCCUCUUCCUCGACCUCUUCUUCCGAUAUCGAGACCAAGAUCAACAGUCUCCUUUCGGACUUGAGCGGUAGCAGCAGUUCCUCCAGCAUCACUGGUAUUUUCGGCGAGCUCGGCGAUCUCCUCAAGGGUAUCACCGGUCUUCUCAACCCCAGCCUGCUCUCUGAGAUUGAGGAUACUUUCAAGUAUCUGUCUACCUCGCUGGCUCCUCCCGUCGACACCAACAUCCGUGUCCUUCUGUCCAACGACAACACCCAGGCCAUUGGAAAUCUGAUCCAGAAUGCCAAUUCUUUACUCACUAAGCAGAAUACCGCCACUCUGAGCAAUAUCCUAUCUAAGGCAGAUGCUCUGCUGAGUGACAACAACCUGAACAACCUCCAGAAGCUGCUCGACAAUAUGGACAAGGUUAAUGAUCUAGUGGUCAACGCCGAUAGUUUACUCUCGAAGAACAACAUCAAUGCCAUCGAGAACCUCGUGUCGAAUGGUGGAGCUCUUCUUACGAAGGACUUUGUUACCGAAACUCAAGGGCUGGUCAAAGGUGCCUCGAACCUGCUCACCUCGCAGGUUACAGACGCUCUUAAGUCUUUGCUCAAUGCUCUUGUCCCUCUUAUGCCGAACAUCGAAGCCUUCCUCACCAAGGACACCUUCAACGCGCUCGCGAAUCUGCUAUCGAAUGGCAACUCCCUUCUCACGAAGGACUUCAUUAGCGAGACGAAGUCUCUUGUUGCUGGUGCCUCGAACCUGCUCACCUCGCAAGUGACUGAUGCAUUAAAGCAACUCCUCAAUGCUGUCGUACCUUUACUUCCAGAACUCAAGGGUUUCCUCACCAAGGAUACCUUCGAUGCUCUUACCAAUCUCCUUACCGAGGGUAAUUCGCUUCUCACGAAGGACUUCGUUAGUGAGACGAAGUCUCUCGUUGCUGGUGCCUCGAACCUGCUCACGUCAGAUGUCACGAACGCGCUCAAGACACUACUCAAUGCUGUGGUCCCGCUUCUUCCUCAGCUCAAGGGCUUCCUUACUCCUCAGACCUUCAACGAACUCAGCAAUCUCCUGACUGAGGGUUCUGCACUCUUGACCCCCGCGUUCGCAAAUCAAACUCAAUCUUUGGUUGAGAAUGCAAACGAGCUUCUCACUCCGGACCUUGUCAGCGGCUUGAAGGGCAUCCUCAGCGAGGUCACACCGCUCUUGCCAAGCAUCAAGUCCCUGCUCACCAAGUCGACUAUCGAUGCUAUUGGAUCUCUCUUAGUGAAUGCUAAUAAUCUUCUCACGCCCAACUCGGUCAAGGAGAUCAACGGCCUGUUAAGCAGUGCUGCUGAUCUUUUGACCCCGACUUUCGUCAAUGAGACUGAGAGCUUGAUCAGCGGUGCCCAUGAUCUCCUCACGCCUUAUGUUGUUGGCGGUCUGUCCGAGCUGCUGAACGGCCUCAUUCCUGUUGUUCCAGCCAUCAAGAAGGACUUCUUGAACGAGACCACUCUGAACAACUUGACCUACUUGCUCGGAAACGGUACCACUUUGCUCACGCCCAAGUUCGUCGAGGGUACCAGCGACCUGAUCAGUGAGGCUGGCGAACUUCUCACUCCUGACAUGGUCUCGUCUCUGAAGGAUCUCCUGAAGGAGGUGGACUCAAGCUUGCCAGAGAUCAAGACUCUUAUUACGCCCGACUCUAUCAAGAAGAUUUCGGGCCUGCUUACCAAUGCCGAGGAUUUGUUGACGGCCAAGUUCGUUAACGAAACCACCACAUUGAUUAGCGACGUCUCGGGUCUUUUCCCACUUCUUGAGGGCAUUCUCAACUCGCUGUAA